AUGGUUUGCAGGCCUAGUAGAGCUUUAUUUUACAUUGGAUUGACAGGUUUACUUGGAUAUGGAGCAUAUCACGUUUUCCGGCUUGGCAUACCUUUUUCCAAAAUGUUUGGAUUGAAAUGGGGUCUCACAGAACCUACAUUUGUUGAUAAUAAAGAAUGGAUUGAGUUAACGUUAUCUAGAAUUACAGAUUUUAAUCAUAAUUGCAAGAUUUUUAGAUUUGAUUUGCCAACAAAAAAUAGUGUUUCAGGACUUCAAGUAGCAUCUGCAUUACUUACACGAGUUGAGCUUCCAUUACAACCUCCUGUUAUUAGGGCGUAUACGCCUGUUUCAGAUGAAGAUACAAAAGGAAUUGCUUUUUAUACGUAUUAUAUUCUUCUUAUUAAAAAAUAUGAUAAUGGACCUAUGAGUUCUUAUAUUCAUGGAAUGAAAAUUAACGACAAGUUGUUAUUUAAAGGACCAGUUCCUAAAUAUUUGUGGAGUCAGAAUAUGCAUGAGCAUGUUAUAUUGAUUGCAGGGGGUACUGGUAUUACGCCUAUGUAUCAGUUUAUCCGUAAAAUUUUUGGAAAUAAGGAGGAAAAAACUCGUGUUACAUUAAUUACAGCUAAUGAAAGACUUAUUUUUAUAGAUAUACUAUUAUAUAGUGAAUUUGAACAAUUAAGAAAAAAAUAUCCAGAUAGGUUUAAUGUAGUCUACGUUUUAGAUAAUCCUCCUGAGGGUUGGAAAGGUGCAUCAGGAAGAAUUGAUAAAGAUCUUCUUAAAACCCACCUUCCAGAUCCUUUAUCAAGAAAUAUUAAAAUUUUUGUCUGUGGGCCUCCUGGGUUUUAUAAGGUUAUUAGUGGAAUGAAAUUGUCUUCAACUGACCAGGGGGAACUAGAGGGAUAUCUUAAAGAGCUUGGAUAUACUAAAGAACAAGUAAAACAAUUAGUGUUGAAACAUAUGUUAAUUUUUAUGGUAGGUUUUUAA